UAACUUUCCAACCCCCCACACAGCUGAAGCCGACAGGAAAGGAAACCAAUUGUCAAAAGACUGCAAGUGAGAAACUGUUGUUGAAAAAGAAACUUCCUUUGGGGUCCAAACGAUUAACGAACGACCCAGGACUUUGAGAAACAAGCGCACGUUGGCGAAGUUAGCGGGAGAAUUCCGAGGAGACAAGUGGAAACCUCAAAAUGGCAGAAGCAUGCUUGAAGUCUCUGAAAUAUAUGCUGUUCGUGUUCAACUUACUAUUUUGGAUCAGUGGAUGUGCUAUCCUGGGAUUUGGAAUCUACCUGCUGACCUUGAAUAACUUUGGAGCUUUGCUCUCCAGCCUGCCGUCUCUCUCCAUAGCCAACACUCUGAUCGUCAUAGGAACAGUCACCAUGGUGGUGGCUUUUCUGGGCUGCAUGGGAGCGAUCAAGGAAAACAAAUGCCUGCUACUAUCAUUCUUCAUAUUGCUCCUCCUGAUCCUUCUGAUUGAAGUCACAGUCGCCAUCAUCGUUUUCUUCUAUGAAAAUAAGAUAACCAGUUACAUCGAAAGUGACAUGAAACGGGGUCUGAAGAAAGAAAAUAACACUGGAAUUGUGGAAGCUUGGAAUAAAAUCCAGGAACAGCUGGAGUGUUGUGGUGUUGCUAACUACACUGACUGGGGAAACUCUGUCCCCAGCUCAUGCUGUAAAAACAAACUGAAACCUUGCAACUCUCAAAACUAUUUCUCAAAGGGAUGCUACAGCAUGAUCCGAGAAUGGUUUGAUGCCAACUUUUUAUUUAUUGGGAUUGCCACCAUCUGUGUUUCAAUUAUCCAGGUACUCGGUAUGUCAUUUGCCAUGACCAUGUACUGCCAGAUCUGUCACAACUACAAGUCCUAUGAAAAUUGACCCGAUUCCACAGGUCUGGAAGAGGAAAGCCCAUCCUGUGGGAUCGUAAAUGUAUCUGCAAUCAUAGGCUCUGUUCUUCUGAAGAAUGGGACUUUGCUCAUUUCUUGAUGCUAUUACCAGAUGGUAUGAGUUUUAACUGUAUAAACCGGAUCUAUCUAAUUUGCCAAUGACUCAGCUCUGGUACAACUACAGUUCCUCUCAAGGCUCUCCUUUUGGACUUCAAUCACACCUCUGCAAAGUAUCAAACUUUGUCUUAUCAUGUCUGUUUGCUGGGAAACUGUGGGGUUUAAUAAUCCUGCAUUGCACUGUUGUCAGAGUAAUGGGCAGGGACUGUCUAUCUUGGCUGUUAUGUUUACCAAUCCAAAAGCAGAACAGUUUCCAGAAUUACACAGGAUAUCCUUCAUGGUAACAAGACCUGAGGAGACCAAGCCCCAGUAGUUAUGUCCCACAUGAGCCUUCUCCCUCUAUCCUUGAUCUAACUCUAUUUCUUUCACCAUUACAUACCUACCUGGAUUUUCCUUUACAAUGUAUGCAUGCCCUUCAACUGCACGUUGAAGUAGCAAGUUUCAAAUUCUAAGCAUUCAUACCAGCAAAGGUGUUUUGCCUGAAUUCUCUUUUGAAUUUGUGGGUGAUUAUAGCUCCUAGUCCCAUCUUACCCACAACUGAAACACUUUCUCCAGGCCUGUCCUACCAAAUCCUUCCAUCACCUUAAACACAGCUCGGUCAUCUCUUAAUCUUCUCUUUUUUAAAGAACAGAAGCCCAGCCCAAUCAAUCCUUCCUCAUCAUAACCUGCCAGUUCUGAUAUUAUUGUUGUAAAUCUUAUUCCACCUUCUCCAUGUACUUUCUGCACAUUAUCCUUUUGAUAACAUGGAGACCUGAAAUGUUCUCAUCACACUUUAUUUGAUCUAACUAUAGUUUUAUACAAGCUUAAUAUAACAUUGUUUUUCAAUCUGCCAGAACUGGAUCUCAGUGUUUGGUUUGCAUAUUUAUUAACCAGUCUCACUACUUUUAAUGAUUUUUGUAGUCACUCCUUUAUUUAAAUGUUUAUUUUCCUUAGAUAAUAAGGUUCUUCCCAAAAUGGAUUAUCUGUCACUCCCUGAUGUUGAAUUGAAAUUCACUACCCCUUCCUGAUGGUUUAUGUCCCUGACAUUGGGGUGAUGGGCUCACUACCAUUUGGGCUUUGCUGAACCCAUACUUGGCUCUGAAUGACACAUGAAUGCGCCACAUGACUGUCUUGUAAAUGAAAAUUAUUGCUUAGGGCAAGACAGAGCUGUGACAACAAACUGAGAGGCUGGAUGGGUGUCACCAAUUGACUAUUGCAUUUGCCAAAAAUCACAACAACUUCUGGAGGAUCUUAUUCGCUGUGAGUGCUCUGUGGAGCUAAAAAUGACAAGAUAAAUUUCUGCCAUCCUUCAAUCUGGAGAUCAGUUGUCACUGAUUGCUUUGGUGCCAAUGGCGUUGUAUUUGGAAUGUGUGCAAGCGCUUUAUACAUUUCCACCUGGCCACAUACACACAGAUAAUGUCUUGUCCAAAACCUGUGCAGAUCACUGGUUAGAACUCAACCAAAGCUCUCUAGACUGCAUGAGAAAACAUGAGGGACUCUCCUAAAGUUCCACUAAUGAAAGAUUCUUCUCUUUGAAACUCAGGAGACAAAUCAUGCAACCAUGAAAUUUCUUUGAAUGUUUCCCUCAAAGGAUUAUUAAAAUCAUGGAGAUGGGAAAAGGGCUGGUUGAUACGAUGUGCAGUUGGAGAUUUUCUUUUUAUUCAUUCAGGGGACAUGGGCAUCGCUGGCUGGACUAGCCUUUAUUGCCCAUCCCUAGCAGCCCUUGAGAAGGUAAUGGCGAGCUGCCUUCUUGAACUGCUGCAGUCUAUGAGCUUUAGGUCAACCCACUAAGCUCUUAAGUAGGGAAUUUCAGGAUUUUGGAACCUGAUGGUAGAUCAGAAAGACGGCUCACCAGAGUUGGCAACUCUCAUCAAGACAUCUUGAAAGCCUGAGAAUCUGCCACUUUUCUCUGGACGGUCUUGCGUAAACAUACGAAAAUAUUGUGUUUGCUGAUCCUUCAAACUUCACUUCAACUCAGUUGUUGAUAGCGGCAUUUUGAAAAUAGGUCUCAUUGGCUGAAUAUUGGAUAUUCCAACAAAAUAAAGGGUAUUCUCCCAGUGCGAUAUAACAAGGGGGAAAGUGACGCACUCAGUCAGCACCUGGAGGUACUCAAGCAUAAAGCUCCAACCAUGGUUUGUCUUGCAGCAGUAUAUUCAAUAUAACUGAGAGUCAAUAGAGUGGAAAGGGCCAUGAUGUCACUUCCCAAAUCGACUACAAAUUUCCAGUGUCAAAAUGUAAUUGAUAUUCAAUUUGUACAGUAAUAGAAGGAUUUUCUUUAAGGGACUGGAUGGCCUUUUCUCAGCAUUGACUGUUCUUGCUUUGUCAGUGUAAAGAAACCUCAGCUUUGAGAUCUAAAAUAACCAGAACACAGCAGAUUAUUAAGAAGAGUUGGGUUGUGAUUCCAAUUUCCCUUGGGGUCUGUAAAUGAUUGUUGAGAUGGUGUGGCCACAGAGCCAGUGAGAGUUUGUGGGCAUAUUGUAUCCAUCUCAAUAGGGCUUUAGUAUUCAAAUAUGGUUUCAGAAUAAUAUGUUUGAGACAUCUCAUUGACAUGUUAGAUCAAAUUGAGAAGACAGUACUAUGAUAAUCACGCAUUUAAAUAACUGACUUCAAUUAAUUAUACAAGUAAGGCAAAAAGUGCUACAGAUAUUUGCUCAAAUGUUUGGAGAUCAAUGAUCAAUUAGGUCCUGAAAUGUCUGUUCCUUUGGUCUAUAUUUCUCCAUUCAAUGCAUUGCUCUGUAGAAAUCUCUUAAGAGGCUGCAUAUGGACAUGCCACAAUUCCUGACAAGAAUGGAGAUGAUUUAGUUCAUGCGCUAGUCAAUCAGAUGGACACUGCUGUAAAAUUUUAUGCAUGUAAUUGAUAUUUUGUAACUAUCCUUUAUUCACUGCGAUUUGUUGGCGAUAUCACUUCGCUUUCAAAAACAGCAUUUCCUGGAUUGUCAGUCACAUGUUUCUUCAUUGAGAUCCUCUUCAAAUAAAAGAUGUUUGUGUAUGGGGAGGGGAUGCAGGGGACGUAUAAACGCUCUUUCCAACUGUUUCUUUUAAUAACAUGUCAGAAUGCAUCUUUUUAAAAAUAAACUUUAUUUCGAAAAA